AUGAAGGAGGGGGUGGGCGCGCAGGCGGAGCAGCGGCACCUGUUCGCCGCGUCCAGGCGCGACCCGGUGGCCGUGAAAGAGCGGAAGGAGUACAUUGACGGCAUCGAGCGGCACCACACGCGACGCGGCAAGGAGGACACGGCGGGCGAGAGCUGCGAGCUGAAGGACGCCGCCGCCACGGACGUGGACUGUUUGCCAAGAGUUGCCGACACUUUCGAUAAUGCGCAGCGGACGCCGUCGGUCUUCUCGCACGCCUCCUCGAAUGGGCCCAUCAAGGCGCUGGGCACGCGGCACAUGGAGACAAUCACCACGAAACCAGAGGUGCAGCAGCACCUCACUCUGUACAGAAGCGGCGAGGCGUCGACACCGCGCGUGAAGAGGACUGUCACUCCUUUUGAAAACAUGACACUUCCGGAGGUAACGGCCCGCUUGGUGCGUAUGCAGAAGAAACUGCGGGCGUGA